GGCCGCUCGUCGGUGCUGCGCUCUGCCGUGCGCGAGCGCGAGACACGGCGGAGGGAAACGCACGCGCUGCGGGACUCAGAGCCACUUCUGCAUGUCCGGUGGUCUUCAUUCAAACACGAAAUAAGUCGGAAGAAUAAAAAUCGGAUUAUGCGUGUGACUGAAUGAAGUGCGUCACGCAGAGAGAAGAAAGAGAGGCGGCGGGGGACCGACAUGCGGAGCAGUGACACGCAAAAACACUGAGCACCGGGAGUGUGGAGGAACUCUGCUCCCUAACACACACACACACACACACACACACACACAGAUCUCUUACACACUUCACCGUCACAAGAAGGUUCCCAGAGGUUUCCUCUGUGUAUGAAGACGACAAGCAAUGGAGCACGGCUUCCUAGCGUCUACUGAAAUUUCAUGCAAGUGAACGUUAACUCAACAAAGCGAAGUCACAAGGAUGUAAACAAGUAUUCCACGGGGAAGUAUUAAGCUCGGAACUUCCUUCCGAUGACAUUCUGAAACCAAGACAAAAUGGCAAAGCCCUUCUACAGACUUCAGCGCUUUUUGCGGCGGACUCAGUUGCUUUUUCUCUUCCUGGGCGUGGCUUACAUCAUGGCAGGAAGUGUCCUCUUGCUGCAGAGAUCAGGACUGGUGGUUUCUCAGCGUGGUAGCUUGCUACCUCCGCCCUCGCUGCCUUCACCUCCACGAGCACUCGAGGCUCCUGCUCUCCGGACUGGGCAUGGCGUGAUGGCUUCACGGUUGGGUAGAAAAACGUAUCAGGUUGGCCAGUCAGACGAUGUUAGAGAAGCACAAUGGCUCAUGUCACGUAACCAAGAGAUCCGGCAUCUUCGGCGACGCUGGUUCCACAGCCUGAUGUCCGAGCAGGACAUGAACAGGGUUGAGAGAGUUACUCCGAAGAGGAAAGUCAGGCACAAAGGAACCUACAUUGGAUGUUUUAUGGACGAUGCUAAGGACCGAACCCUGAAAGGCAUGGUGUUCUACGAUUUCCGCAAAAUGACCAGUACUCUAUGUCAAGACACCUGUACAGAGAGCGGGUACCAAUAUGCUGGCCUGGAGUACGGGUCCGAGUGUUACUGCGGCAACCGGAUCGCAGGUGCUCGGAUGAAGGAGGAGGAGUGUAAUCUGGACUGUAAAGGAGAGAAGGGCUCUAUCUGUGGGGGCAUGGGCCGUCUGUCUGUCUACAAAGUGGAGGAGGUUCUUCCCGGCCAGAGGAGAUACAGGAAUGUACGCUAUCGUGGCUGCUUCAGAAGACCCGACAACACGACCGCAGCGUCUCUGAUCCGCAUGGUUCAGCCUAACCUCACCUCCCAGACGUGUAUCGAGGCCUGCAUGGACAAGGAGUUUCCUUUAGCCAUGCUGAGCGCUCCGGAGUGUUUCUGCGGCUACGCUACUCCACAUUUCUCCCUCCAUGAUCCAGUGAAUGAAGAACACUGUGCUCAGAUCAACAGCAGCCUGACGACUGACAAACCACACCCCUACUUCCUGCAGGUCUAUCAGACGCCUGUGCAGGACUCCAGAUGUACAGAGCGAAGAUUCCUGCCAGAAAAAUCGAGCCGGCUGGUGGCUCUGUCCAGUUUUCCUGGAGCGGGUAACACAUGGGUGAGACACCUGAUUGAGCUCGCUACUGGAUAUUACACAGGCAGCUACUACUUCGAUGGCACACUUUAUAAUAGAGGCUUCAAGGGCGAGAAGGAUUACUGGAAAAGUGGACGCACCAUCUGUGUGAAGACGCACGAGAGCGGCAAGCGCGACAUCGAGAUGUAUGACUCAGCCAUCUUGCUGAUCAGAAACCCGUACCGCUCUCUCAUGGCCGAGUUUAAUCGCAAAUGCGCAGGACAUCUUGGCUACGCCUCAGACCAGCACUGGAAGAGCAAUGAAUGGCCCGAGUUUGUGGGGAGUUACGCAUCAUGGUGGGCGUCUCACGUUCUGGACUGGCUCCGAUUUGGCCAGAAGCUGCUGGUGCUUCAUUAUGAAGAGCUGCAGGAGUCGCUGGUGCCCAGGCUCCGCUCUGUUAUCGCCUUUCUCAACGUCAGCACCAGUGAAGAACGCCUCCUCUGCGCUGAAACAAACAAGGACGGGCAUUUCAAACGCUCCGGUGCUCGCCGGCCCACCUUUGACCCCUUCACCCCGGACAUGAGACAGUUGAUUGACAGUUAUAUUAAGGUCGUGGAUCAGGCACUCAGAGACAGCAACCACAGCGGCCUGCCUCAGGAGUACAUCCCAAGAUGAUGAGGGUUAUAAACCAUGGCAAUGUUUAGUUUUCCUUCAAAAUUUAAAUUAAGGGCUUUAUUCAAGACAAGUGUUGGUUCUGUUCUUGGAGCUUCAUCAGGAUUUGACAUUUCUUUUCCAGUUUAAAGCUUUGGCACUCACCAACUCCAUCAUGCUUAAUGUUGCAGUGAAGAUUCAUUAAAGAUUCAAUCUGAUGAGAUUCUGGUUAACAUUACAAGGGAAAAUAUUGAGUAUUUGACCAAGUGGAAACUGAUGUCUAUAAUGUGUUGCCAUUUUCUAAAGUUUAAUUAAAUAAACUUUACUUAGUCUCCAAAAUGUUUUCAGUGUAAUUAGAUAAGAAGUGUCAUUUUUCAAUAAAAUUAUGUAACAAACAAAAAAAUGUGGUCAGCUGACUUCUGUAGAGAUUUCUAAUGAAAUAAAGUCAUAGCACUGAUGAUCAGAUGGGACAUUUUUACACUGAUAUUAGGGUUGUAAUCAAAUAUGAGUACAUUAUUCAGAAUAAACAGAUGUGUUAUAAACAAAUACAAAUACAAAUACAGAUACGAGUAGGAGGUGCAUUAUUCAAUAGACCUCCAAUUAUGAAGCAGUACAGGAAUUUAUGAAAAAAGAGUAAUUUUGUAGUGAAUAAAAUAUCUACAUGUGUCUAAUUAGGGCUUUACUGAACAAAUAACGAGACCUUAAAUAACCCCACUGAUGUGCGAUCCUUAAAUAAAGUGUUACUACAUCACAUUUCUGGUACAUUCACACUAGCAAGUGACAAAUCAGCGGGUGGUCUUUCGUUCUCUAUGUAGCCAAGAUUUCAGAAACAGCGACAACCGACAUGUGAGUUGAGAUCUUCUCAACUUUAAGCAAAUUAGGUAUGAUGCAGUAAAGCGAUCAAUCCAAACGAUUCCUCAGACUAAUCGUAUGACUUGCGUGGUGCAACAAUUUUUCAUUUCCCUCUUUCACAAGUUUAGUUCCUACCUGCAAUUAGUUCCUAUGCAUGUUAUUUUUUUUUUUAUGGAAUAAAACCUUAUAACUGUGGUUUCAUCUUCUCCUUUCAUAUACGACUUCUCAUUAACUAUGUAUAGAGAUGUUACGGAGAAAAAUAAAGCUUGGAAGAAAAUACAGAGAUCAUUGUUGUCUCUGGGGAGUGUUUGUAGCUAGUACAGCUAGAUUGCACUGC